CCCAAGAUGGAGUAGGCGAGGAGGGAGCUGACGCGACGGUAGGCAUUCUUGGAGAGCGGCCAGAGAGUGAAGGAGAGGACCACCAACAGGACAGACACCAGUCCCGCGCUGCUCACGAACACGUACGUGAAGAGUAGCGGGAAAAGCGGCAGACGCUUGACCCAGGCUGGCACUACAAACGCCAACGGCAUCUUACUUUUGUGAACUUCGGCCCAGCUCUCGUCUCUGUGGCUGAGGUAAACAAAUAGAGGUCACCCUUUCAGUCAGUGGGGGUGCGCGUCAAUUAGAAGGAUGGCGUCGCUGCGUUUGUUGGACACGUGGCGCUUGUUUUCGGCUCCGCAGAGCCUCCAAAAGACGUUGUUAAACUGUACCCACUGGAAACCACCUUCUCCUUACAACAUCCACUCUGUGGUUCCACGGAUUUUGCUAACUACAGCUGUUCCCUUGAGGAGCAGCUCGACUAUUGGCGCAGACAUUCUGGGUCAGCUAAACCUGAGGCCAGAGGCUCACAGACAAGACCCAAGGGACCAGGUGCCCACGUCAGUGAAAACACCCACACCACAGGCGGUGACGGAGCUACCAAUCAUGCACAUAAAGGCCACUCACAACAACACCAUCGUCACACUCAGUGAUGCCGGAGGGAGGGUCCUGGCCUGGACAUCUGCUGGAGCAGUUGGUUUCAAGGGAGCCAGGAGGGGGACAAACUUUGCCGGGCAAGAAGCUGGGGCAGAAGCUGCCAGAAAAGCCCUGAAGCUGGGAUUUAAGAGCUUUCAGGUCAAGUUAAAGGGGACUGGUCCUGGAAGAAAGCCUUCGCUGAAGGGACUAGAGAUGGGAGGAAUAAACAUAAUCACUCUCCAGGACGUGACGCCUGUACCUCACAACGGCUGUAGGCCGAGAAAAGCAAGACGAUUGUAGAAUUAUCUCUGCAGAAAAACAUGCGCAUGCGCACAGCGACGACUUAGUGUGCAUGCGCGAUUUAAUGACGUCACGGUUUACUACGUGUGCGCUCACAAAACUUUCAAGAACCGAGCGGUGAUGGUGGGUCUCCCGUCUUCCUUCUGUCUGUUACUACUGUUGACUGGUGUGUGUGUGUCUACGGGCCCGGAGAACGAUGGAGAUGUGUACCAGAUGCCUCUCCCCAUGCCCGCUAGGGGAGUCAACCCUCCGAAGUACAAUGACUACAGGUGCCGAGCUACCAAACUGCCUAUCACCGACAACUACAUAGUGAGCUACGAGCCGAGAGCCGACCCAAAUGUGGCUCAUCACAUGUUGCUGUACGGUUGCCGAGUACUCGGUACUGGGCUAGACGACUCUAGCAGCUGGAACUGCAAGAGCAGCACAAUAUGUGGGACCUUAUCACACCCCAAGAUCCUCUAUGCAUGGGCUCUCAAUGCCUCUGGUUUCCAGCUCCCGCCUGACGUGGGGCAGCUGGUUGGUCCUGGAAACUCCAUCAACUAUCUCGUGGUUCAGAUACACUACGGCCCAGGCGGAGCGUCAGUUCCAUCAAGUUCCACUGAUCCUCUGGCACUCGUCUUAAACAUGACUUCCAGAAGUCAGCAAAGGCUCUCUGGUGUGUACCUGCUUGGCUCUAGCUCAAAGAUUGACGCAGGGAAAAAAGAGGUGAUUAUUGACACGGCAUGCCAGUUCUCCGGUCAUAAGUCCAUCGUCCCCAUCGCAUUCCGGACACACGCUCACUCACACAGUACUCUCAUAGUCGGAUAUGUGGGAGAUGGAAGGGACAAAUGGAGGGAAAUUGGACUCAGAAGCCCCCAAGAUCCUCAGGCGUUUUAUCCAGUGGUGGACAGCGGCAUUACCAUUAACCCUGGAGACUGGGUGGCUGCGAGGUGUGUCUACAAUACCACCGACACUGCAUUAGACAUACACAUGGGGCCGGACACAGAGGACGAGAUGUGCAACUUCUACAUCAUGUACCACACACAGAACGACGGACGGCCGCUCACCAGGGAAAACUGCUGGGCACGGGCCCCUUGGGCAUCCACUUCCCUCCCCUCCCCGUCCUCCCACCCUCACAGCUCUCACACUCUCACCACCAUCACCACUCCCCCAUGGGGAGCGGGCCCGACGACGAUGCAAUUGAAAUCAUCGCUCCGAAUCCGAUUACAUCGCCGGGAAAAGAAACGACAUCGCCGUCAUUAUCUAGAGGCAAAGACAACCACGUAAUUGAGGAGGAAGAUCAUUACGUGUGUCCGAGUCCGAUUCCACCUGGCCCGGUACCAGCCCAGUGUGUGGAGACCACACCCACUAAUCAGGGAGCGGGUGGUAAGGAAGGAGACGGACCGUUGUACAAUAUAGUAUUGGCUGAUGACUGGCCCUUUAAUGGGAUCAGUGAUCCUCACGUGGAGGCCGAGACGGGAAGGGGCGGGGCUUUGGGUCAGGUGACCUCGGUUGCCGUGGCGCCAGACGGGAGUGUGUUUGUUCUUCACAGAGGACCUCGAGUUUGGGACAGCAGAACUUUCACCGUCAACAACCUGUUUGUGGACGCAGCUAAGGGACCCAUAUCUACUCCAGUCCUCCUAAAGUUCUCCGGAGACGGAGUACUCCGUGGGGUGUGGGGUGGGGGACUCUUCUACUUACCCCACAGUGUGACGGUUGAGCGGAGUGGAGCCAUAUGGAUCACUGACGUUGCCAUGCACCAGGUUUUGAGAUUUGAUGAUCUGAGUGCCCACAAACCGUCCCUCUCUCUCGGACACAUGUUAAUCCCUGGAUCAAAACCUGGCUACUUGUGCAAGCCAGCCGACGUGGCAGUAGCUUCUUCCGGAACCUUCUAUGUUGCUGACGGAUACUGCAACAGUCGAGUGCUGGCCUACGGUCCAGACGGCAUGGUCAGAGCCGUCUUAGGGGAUUUCCCCAUCGAGGGUGAAACCCUGUUAGUUCCGCACAGCCUGACGCUGAGCCCCUCAGAAGACCAGCUCUACGUUGCCGACCGUGAAAACCAGAGAAUCGUGGUAAUGGACGUGACCGGAGCUGGGAACGUGCGAGUGUUUCCGGUCGGAGGGCUGGAUCGGGUGUUUGCCGUGGGUCUGAGUGGGUUGAGCCCUGGUGGCUGGCCCAUGUUGGCGGUGGUAGAGGACAAGAGGGGAGAGAGGGGGUAUGGAUUGACAAUCACCGAAAACGACGGAGUUGACAGUGUUUGGGGUGCGGAGGAGGUGUUUCACAAGGUCCACGAUCUGGCUGUGGAUCCUGUGAAUAAGGCAGUUUACGUCACUGAACUAACACCAGCUAGGAUAUGGAAAUUCUCCAUUGUAUCUGAAGGCAAUGCAUCCACUGUGCCAGCCACACAUUUGCCUACUACCGAAACGACCACAGGGAGCACUAUUGGUACCACUAAUCGACCAUCGAGUACGCAAACACCCGGUACCACUGAGGGGCCACAGGAGACGACAGAAGCUCAAACUACUGCCACCACAUCACCCACCACCGAACCACCAAACACCCAACCAACGGAGACACAUACAGAGAGUGUUGCUUCAGGGCCAGUUUCAACUGAAAAUGCUGCACCAAGUACUCCUGAGGGUAGCAACAGUAGCUCAGACUUCCCGCCGUCCAAUUCUGAUGACUCCACAUCGUCGUCCGGAAGCCCCGCCUACUCUGGGGACACCAACGACAAUGCCGAAAUGACGGGCAAUGACGCAAGCAACUACCCUGCCUCCCAAGUCCACAAGUCGAGCUCAGCGGGAGACAAAAUAGCUACGCCGGCAUUCCACUACGGUCUGUUUGCGGCCAUCUUUGCCAUCGUGGCUCUCAUUCUGGUCGUGGUGGUGGGGAUCUUGAAGGAGCACAGGUUCCUGCGGUUCAGAGUGAGGCGAGUGGGAACAACUCAAGCAAGCUCGGAGGGGAAAACGUCGCGGGAGACACUACACUCGCUACUCGGUCCCAGCAAACUUGGUUUCAGUCGACUGAGGACGUACGACUCUGACAGCGAAGUGGAGGAGUUUCCCAUAUUCUCAAGACAGCUGUGAUCUGCUAAUCAACAGGCUAUAGCGGAGAACUCUCUAAUUCAAAGUCAUCUUCACUCUUUCAUUGAUCACUGGCUGGCCUGUUCCACAACCUAUUAUUACAUGAUUGUGUCAUGAAUCUUUUUAUAAUUUUUGUGUGGAUGAAAUAAUAUGACUAUUACAAGUCUGCAGUCAUGCUUAUUUGUGUGUCUAGGCAUGGUCAGUAAAAGUCACAAUUUUUGCUCCGUAAACUUGGCAUAGCAGUCCAUGGAACAGAAGACGUAUACGGACGAGAAUCUCCGGACGUGCACGAGCGGCGGCAGCCCAGGGGACGACAAGGCGCAGAAACUGCACGGAGGAAAGCUCUGCGGGCUCCUCCGUUGUUGCAUUGCCCCCUCCGACGACCCCCCAGCAGUUCCGUAGCGAGCCGCGUCAGAUGUGCGGCUCGCCACUUCCACUGCGCUUCUCUCGAGCUGAUCCACCAUAUUCACAAACCCGUGGGGAAGAAUAAGCGCCUCUGUUGGCUUCGUUCAGUACACUGGACUCGACUUCUGUCCGCUUGUGGUCUCCUUCGCCAGUGUGCAGUUUAGAGUUUGUUCGCUAUCCGACACCUUCCGGCGUGUCCUUAGCGUUGGUAGCAGUAGAAGAGCCAGAAACCAUUUCACAGCCACUGGGUUUGUUCUGAGAGAGAGCCUCUUUGCCGCAAACGCCGCGCCAGUCCUUAUUUUAUUGCACAGCUCGUGUCUGCUCUUACACCAUCACGUUGAAACUGCUGUUUCUAUGGCAACC